AUGACAAUUCAUACGUCACAAAACAAAGACAACAUCAGUAGGUGGGAAAACGUUUCUUCUUCUCCAUAUUCAUCUUCAGCCUCCUGCCCUCCACUCUCCUCUAAACACAACGGUUGGAAUCAAGUGAAUCAACAUUCAAGAUCAAAACAAGUAGUAGGAAAAAGCCCCCUCCAAAAAAAACCAAGGCAAAAAGGCCCUAUGGACACAUACUACACCCCUAAUCCGCAUGAAGUCGUCAUAAGUAGGAAAGGAGGGAGACACCAAACAAUCAAUGAAGUAUGUCGAAAGGAUCGCAGGGAUAAAGUUUGUCGUGAGAUUGCGAGAUGGUUUUACGAUGCAGCUAAAAGAGAGCAUCUUUAUUGGACACCAUGUGCUGCUGAUUGCUUGGAUUUGAUGCUGCAGGACAUUGGAAAAAAGUUUCCUAAGGUCAAAAUUGCAAUAAAGAACGCUAUGUUAGCAAUUGCCUAUAUAUAUAGUCAUGUUCCUGUUGUGAACUUGAUUAGAAAGUUCACCAAAGAAAGAAACGUGCGUAGGCCAUCCGUAACUAGAUUUUCCACAUCUUUUAUCACACUCUCCCAAGUCCACAGACAAAGACACAACCUAAAGAAUAUGGUGAUUUCUGCAGAGUGGGAAAAGGCAAAGUGGUCCAGCAAAGAUCAGAUUGCAAAAAAACUUCAUACGAAGAAACGAAAUAGAUUGGCACAGUCUAGAUUAAAUGAAAUGGUGUUUGUCAAAUUCAAUCGUUCCUUAGACCAUCGAGUUAAAGAUAAGGAAAAGGAUCCUAUUCUUUUACAAGAGAUUGAUGAAAGUAACGAGUGGUUGAUGGGAAGACCUGAAGAGGAGAAUGAUGAUGAUAUAGUAUUUGUUGGUGAAGAUCUUACUUGGAGAGAUGUGGCUCACGGAAAAGCUCCAGAAUCUAGUCAACGAUCUGGAUUUUGUUUGGUGGAUGAAGAGGUGGAAGAGGAUAUCGGAAGUGAUUGUGGAGGAGAUGAUGUUAUCCAAGUUGACGAUGAUGAUGACCGUUUCGUGUCUUUUUAG